AUGAAAUUCCUUCCUUCAUUGAGAAAAUAUCCACUCUGGUGGACCAAUCCCACUUUCCUUUAAUUUUGAUGUCGGAAGUUACUCCAUUAUCCAACCAACAGCUGUGAUUUUGAAACUCUUCUGAAUAUCUUUCCAUUAUUAUUUCUUUCUAUUUUUAAUACUUUUUCAAAAAAUAUGUUCGUCACCCUAAUAAUUUGACUAAAAAAAUGGCGAAAUCAUACUUUUGAGAGGAAAGGGAAAGAUUAGUUGGGCAACUUAAUUCGAAUAUUGUUUUCAUGACACAAUCUUGCUUAUCUGAAUUGGUUGGGAUUUCUUGCCUCAUCGGAAGUUUCUAAGGUUCAAUAUUUUCUUCUCCUUUUACCAUUUCUGCUAUUAUUUAGCAAACAAAAUAGAUUGUGGUUGCCCUUUGUUCUUGAGUUUUGAUAAAUAUAGUUCAUGUUUAUUUAGAUCUGCAUAAAUUUGUUUAUUUUUCUUUUUUCGCUUCUGGGUUUGAUUUGAGUAUGUAAUUGGUUUGUACUCAGAUGGGAUUUUGAUAAAUUACUUGAUAAUUGGUAGAAGGGUUUUUGUUUUUAGGGUUGGCAAUUUUGUUUUUGGGAAUUAUCAUGAUAUUUUAGUGUUGGAAAGCUGAAUUUGAGGUAAAAGGGUGCUUAAAUUUUGAUCUGAGAAUGGCUAACAAUGAGGUUUUAAUAAAAGAGGAAAUUGAAGAAGUUAGAGUUCCUAAAUCAAAUACUCUUAGUCCUCUUAGUAGCCCAACUCCUCCAAAGGAGAACCAAAUUGAUGGGACUCCAACUCAAACUCCAAGGAAUAAGAGAUAUGCCCUAUUAAGUAGACCAUCAAGCAAAUUUUGGGAGAUUGCAGCAUGGAAAGACGAGGCUUCUCGUGCUGUAUCAUCUCCUAGUAACAAUAGUUUACGAGGAAGAAUAAGCGAGUUAGCACACAAAAUCAACUGGGAAUCUUUAAAGAAAACUUCCAAAGAGUGGUUUAGAAACCCUAUGAACUUGGCUUUGUUUGUGUGGAUAACCUGUGUUGCUGUUUCUGGGGCGAUUUUGUUUCUUGUCAUGACUGGAAUGCUAAAUAGUGCCCUACCUAAGAAAUCUCAGAGAAACGCGUGGUUUGAAGUCAAUAAUCAAAUCUUGAAUGCUCUUUUUACACUCAUGUGCUUGUAUCAACACCCUCAAAGAUUCUAUCACUUGGCAUUACUCUUGAGAUGGAAUCCAGAAGAUAUAUCUAAGCUUAGAAACAUUUACUGUAAGAAUGGUACUUACAAACCCCAUGAAUGGGCACAUAUGCUAGUUGUUAUUCUUCUGCUUCAUUUGAAUUGUUUUGCUCAGUAUGGCCUUUGCGGUCUUAACUUGGGAUACAAACGAUCUGAACGGCCUGUACUUGGAGUUGCGGUUUGUAUUUCAUUUGCCAUAGCUGCCCCGGCUAUAGCAGGAGUUUACACAAUUCUUAGCCCCUUAGGUAAGGAGUAUGCAUAUGAUGAAUCUGUUGAUGAGGAAGCUCAAGUUCCUAUUACUGCAACAAAUGGAAGUUUGAAUAGUUUAAGGUCAAAUUCACUAGAGAAGAGGCGAUCCUUUGUGGUGAGAGAAGAUGGGAAGAUUGUUGAAAAUCGACCAAAAUGGAUAGGAGGACUUUUUGAUUUGUGGGAGGAUAUUUCUGUAGCCUAUCUCUCACUAUUUUGCGGCUUCUGUGUUUUUGGAUGGAACAUGGAGAGGUUAGGAUUUGGAAAUAGGUAUGUUCAUAUUGCAACUUUCAUCUUGUUUUGCUCUGCCCCGUUUUGGAUUUUCAAUUUGGCUGGCCUCAAUGUUGAUGAUGAUAAGGUUAGGCAAGCUUUAGGACUUACUGGGUUUGUACUUUGUGGGUUUGGUUUACUGUAUGGUGGUUAUUGGAGGAUACGGAUGAGGAAGAGGUUUAACCUGCCUGGCUAUACAUCUUGUUGUGGAAAACCUGCUGUUUCCGAUUGCUUUUUGUGGUUGUGUUGUUGUUGGUGCUCACUUGCUCAGGAAGUUCGAACAGCAAAUUUCUAUGAUAUUAUUGAAGACAAGAUGUUCAGGAAAGUACAAAAUGGAAAUGAUGAGCUCUAUGAAGAUGGUGAAAUGACCAACAUCACCAAUUUGGAAACAAGCUCUCAUACUAUUCCAUCUGUUGACCCCGUGAUCACAACAGCUAAUCCCAGUUCAGGAAGGAUGGAAGACGACUCACUAAGGGAAGGUAUGUCGAAACCCAUGACACCACCAUCUCCCUUAAUGAUUGACAGAGAAGGCAAUUAGCCUGGCCAUAUUCACAAUUGUAUAGGGAUGCAAUGUAAUAUGUUUUGAGGUAUUCAUUCGUGUAAUUAAUAUGCAAUUUUACUAUAGACCUGAGAUGGAAUCACCAAUUUUGUGUUUAAGAAUAGAAGCAUGCUUCAUAUGAAUUCCAUAUUUUAUCCCUUUUCUUGAA